CGUAUUAAGUUAGAGUGUAGUGCUAGUGGUUGAAUUGAUAAAAAUACAGAUAAUACAGAGCACAUUUGUUUCGCAAGCGUGACGAUGACGAUGAGUAUUUUCCCAAACUGUGAUUUUACAGCCCAGGCGCAAGCCGUCUGCAGCAUGUGGGAGGCGUUCAGCAGCAAUCGGGAGGGGGACAACGGUACCUUGGAAGAGGCUCUCGGCGAGACUGGGAAUAGCUCGGCCAAUUGUUCUCAAAAUAUUCCCAUUACACAAGCCAUCGAGUUCUAUUGGCCAAUAUCACCCCACACCUACUUUGGAGUCUGCACCGUAAUCUCUCACGUGCUCGUCACGGGCAUUACUAUUGGCAUUUCGCGCAAAUGCUUUGAGAUGAAAUUGGCCAAAACCGCAGAGCAUGCGUUCUACUGCACGCUUGCCUUUGUUUUUUGCAUCACCGAGGCAUUGUUGCUGCGCAACAGUCUGAUUUUAAAGAAACUGCUUAGCCGUCUGGGCCAGGAUAUGCUGCAUUCGGCAUUGGGUUUGUUAGCGUUUGCUAUCGGUAUUGUAGGAGUGGGCGUUAAGACGUGGCAGAAGCGAAAGGUCCUGCGCGAAAAUGAAAAGGCUUCAGUCCGUCAUUUUCAUAGCAUGCACGCGCGCUUUGGCCUCUUUGGAUGCAUUUUUCUGCUGCUUACCACAAUUAGCGGACUGACCUUAUACUUCUGGCCCGGACGUAUGUUGAAUAUUGGCCAUCGCACAGUGGCCUUACUCUCCUUCCUCUUGCUUAUGAUUUCACAAAUGUAUAGCUAUAAUACGGGCUUUGCUCGUCGCAAUUGGACUGAGAAGACUGUUCGCCGAUAUAAACUUGCUACAUUUAUUGUCAUCAUUACAAGCAUAAAUUUUGAGCUUAGACACUGGGUGGUUGAUGUUGUGGCGUUGAUUCCAAAGGAAUUUUUCGAUAAAAUACUAUUAAAGACAUAGCUACUAAUUGUAAAAUGAAAAUAAAAAUAGUUAACAUUUAUACCUUUA